UGCGGUCUUAGACAGAAAUACCAUAAAAAUGUUGUUCUAUUUACAUCACCAUAACUACUGAGAAUGUAGAUAGUGAAGAGUCUCUGUAUAUAUGAAGUAAUACACAUACUUUUCGUAUACUUUGUGGUAUUUUGAUCCAUAAGAUAGAGCUAUAACAUUAAGUCGAACUAGAUAUUGAUACUAGUUAAACAGUAAAAACAAAACUAAAUAUAUAGCCUGUAAAUUACAUAAAGAGUUAAUUUGAGCAUCGACUGGAUAUGGAACUAUUACAAAAACCUCAAUAUUCAGCCACAUUGUGGUCACUGCUUCUGUCACUAUUUUUGAUUUUCAACAAUAUCAACUCCUUGGAAGCAACAUGCAGGCCAUUAAAUCUGCUUGAAAUCAAACCCGAGAAUACAACUUUCCGCGGGAAUCUAAUAUUCCCUCUUAGAGAUGAAAAGAAUAUAAUAUAUCUGGUCGAUUUGGAACGAGCUAUAGAUCAUAUUCUGAGACUUCAACUUUUAAAGGUGCCAGUUUUCAAGGGAAAUAAACUGAUUGUACUGAAGAAUAUAAUUGCUCUCCUGCACUACUUGAAUCCGCUGGCAACAGAUGAAGGAAAACUCUACAUAAACAAUAUAUUUUGGUCUAUACAAUCUCAAUCAGAAGUAACACAAGAGUUUCUGAACACAACAAUUAAUGCCAAGGAACUUCUGGAUAAAAGCUACAAGGGAAACGACUAUCUUGGCUGCAGAGGCUCUGAGUCCGGAUUGAGGGACUUUAAUUGUUCCCUUUGGACUCUAUUUCACUAUUUGACGGUGGCAGCAUCCCAACUUCCUGAAUGCAUCCAGCCGGGAGCUGUCCUUUGGGCAUUUCACGGAUAUACUCAAUAUUUCAUGGGCUGCCCAGAGUGCUUUAGGAAUUUAUGGUUCUACGCUCAGAACAAACAGAUCGAUGAUGUGAAGACCCAUGACGAGGAGAUCCUUUGGCUAUGGAAAGCUCACAAUCAUUUUAAUAGAAAAUUGGCCGGUUCUAUCAGUGACGAUCCAUUUUUCGCCAAGAAGCAAUUUCCUCCGCAAAAGUAUUGCAGAAGAUGUCGCAACUUUAGGGGAGAAUGGAGAACAAAUGAAGUGCUAAAGUAUCUGAAAAGUAUUUACGGUUUGGAUAAACUGUAUUAUCAAGAAUGACAUAAGUACUCUAAGAAGCACGAAUAAGGAUUAAUUAAAUACUUAUCUAAUAUAUAUGUCUCGCAUUUUAA